CUGCCCUCAGCCACCUCCUCACAUACUCCAAAAACAAAACUCCAAACCAUCCAAAAAUAAGACAAACCCCACCAAGCAAAACAUGGAUAUCUGGCCAUGCAUUUGUGAACUCCCUAUCACUCAAGAGUGGGACGAGUCACCCUCUCAACUCGUCUUCCCACUCGCCACCUCCAAACCAAGUCGACACAGCAGCAGCUCAACCCAGUCGAUCCAACUCAUAGCAAACAGGGUCUCCGGAUCAGACUCCGACGGCUCGCUGACCUUCUCCGUUUGCCUGUCGGGAUUCGAAGCUGCUGACGCGGAGGAGAUCAUCUGGGUUUCCGACGCGUGUCCUCUCUCCUCCAGCCAGCCCUUCUUGCCUCUCAUCCUCCAGCUCAUCCAAGAAAUCGUCUCCCGCUCCCCCACCGCGCACGGCAGCACCUGCCCGCAUUCGGAGCUCCUGAACAUCAUGCCCGACCCGGUCUCGUGGAUCCUUGACUCCCACUCGCCCGAGUCAUUCUCGGGUUUCUUCAACUUCAUCUUCCUCACGCACCUCUUUUGGCUGUGUGUCUUCGACGCGCCUUCUGCAGUGGGCUCUUUCUAUUUCCACUCCUUGUUAGCUCCAAACAUCCAAGUUUUUGCGUCCAAACACGCCCUUGUUCUACGUACUUUUUUCAUCUCAGUAGGAGUGGACGUAGAGCUUCGUUUCAUGCGCACCCUCGGGUACAUUUUAGCAAAAUGGUUGAUCUUAAAAGAGGUAGGCGUAGGGUUACAAUCGUUAACCCCGUCGUCUUCUCAUAAUCUAGGGUUUUCUUAUGCUAAGGAGUCCCAUGGGUUGUGGGUUUUGAAAGGGUACGCGCCGGUAUGGGGCAUGACGAGCACGCGCUUUGAUGGCGAACAAAGUCGGCCCAAAAUAGUUGAAGCAAAAGAGUCUGUCCUAAGAUACGCCUUGGCGCACCAGCAGUUGGAGGCUGUGGUCCAGUUGGAAUAUACAGUUAGGUUCACUGAUGGGUUCAUUCUCGUGAAUGCACGUGUCGACAACGUACGCGUUCACGUGGCGAAAUUAGGGUUUAAUGAAAACGGCGAUGAUUAUUAUGCCGGCGAGAAGCAUUUUCCGUCGAGAAUACGACUCUGGGUCGGCCCGGAGACCGGGUCAAGCUACGUGUCCGGGUUGAGCUUGGGGCGAUCCACGGAUAACAUGGAGAGGGAAAUGGAAACGCAAAGAAUUUUAAAGGGUAGUUUUGGAAAACUAAAAGUUCCGAAGGUGAAGGCGAUGGCGAGGACAACGACGAGGACGAGGAUGAAGAAUUGGAGAUGGGACCAAGAUGCGGAAGGUAACGCCGCGCUAUUCGAUGCGGUCCUGUGCGACAACACCACUGGCACCGAAGUUGCCACGUGGAAGCCGUCUGGUGGAGGCGGUGGUCGGCCAGAAAAUAGAUUCCGAAAGCGAUACGCGGGAGCAAAUAGGUCAUUUACCAAGAGCGGGGGAUUGGUGUUUGGGGGGGAUGAGUGUGGAGGGGUAGGGUGGAGGUUGGGCAAAGAGAUGGAAGGGAGUGUGCUGAAGUGGAGGGUAGGGUGCCAAAUUUGGUUGAGUUAUUGGCCAAAUGAGGUGAGUAGUUCGUACUUUGAGACUAGGUGUGUGGAGUGGUGCGACGAGGUUGAUUUGCCUUUGAUUUCUGGUAAUUAAUUAAGUACUUAGUAAUGAUGGGGAGAGAGAUGAAAACAAGUAUGGAUGUACAAAAAUAAUGUUCAAUUAUUCAAGUUUAUGCAUAAUUAUUGCGUAUGUAAUAUACUACUAUUAAAACGUUCCUCCUUCAAAGCUUA